GAAGAAGAAACGGGAAGAUGAAGAGAGCAGUUGAUGGUGACACAUCUUAGGUUCUAUGCUCCGCCUCCGGACCGCCGCCGAAGAGAACGGCCGCUGUGAGAUCGCCCGGCUCCGACAAGCGGCGUUCCAAAACGAUGAGCGGCUCCUGGAUGAGAUGCUCUGCCAAGAAGUCUACAGGAAGGUCAUCGACUGCCGCGGCGGCUGGGGCGUCGCCGGCACGCCGCUGCACGCCGCCGUGUCCAAGGGCCACCUGGGCUGCCUGCAGGUGCUGCUAGGCCACGGCGCCCUGGUGGACCGCGUGGACGUCAAGGCCCGGACGCCGCUGUUCGCCGCCGUCCGGGGGAAACACCUGGCCUGCGUGCUCGCGCUCCUCGGAGCCGGCGCCGACCCCGACGGCGACGCGUCCAACAACGGCUCCCCGGUGCUCACGGCGGCGCGGCAGGGCGACGCGGCCGCGCUGCGGGAGCUGCUGCGGCGCGGCGCCGAGGUCAACGCCCGCGCCAAGGUGCUGCUCUGGACGGGCCGCGCCCGCGUGUCCAGCGGGCCGCUGUACCUCGCCGCCGUGUACGGACACAUGGAGUGCUUCAGGCUGCUGCUCCUCUACGGCGCCGACCCGGACUACAACUGCGCCGCCGGCCGGCCGCCGGGCGCCGCCGGGCCGCCCAAGACGGUGCUGGAGAUGUGCCUCCGGCACGGCUGCGGCGCGGAGUACGUCCGGCUCCUCAUCGACUUCGGCGCCAACGUCUACCUCCCCACGCUCAUCAUCGAGAAGUCCACCAAGCGGAACGAGGCCGUGGAGCUGCUGCUGCAGGAGAGAGGGAAUCCGAUGUCCUUGACGUCUCAGUGCCGACUCGCCGUCCGCCGAUACCUCAAAACCAUCGGCGGGAUCCACGGCGUGGAGCGGCUGGGCCUGCCCACGAGCCUCGAGAACUUCCUGCAACACGCGCCGGCGCCGGUCCACUGCUGUGUCGCCCGCUGAGGGGGGGGGGGGGGGGGGGAUCUAACUGUGAUUGAACUCUCGUGAUACGCCUUUGUUUUUGUUUUUAGAUUUCCGUGUGUUCAGUUUCAGACGAAGAAAUUAAAUGUGCGGGGGGGUGAAGUGGUGCGUGUGUUUUAUUAUUAGCACGUUAGCACGUAGCCACCACGAAGACUCCGUCACAUGGUCACCACGAGUUCUUUGGGAAGAGCGUUUGUCCUGUGGAGACUAAUGGGUCAGGAGGUCACCUCAGUCUAUUAUAUUCUCAGAACGUACGUUCAACAACAUUCAUCCGACUCUAAAUGCUAAUGCCCACGAAAUGUUUCUGUUUUUUUAGAAGUUCAAUAAACUCGCUGGAGAGAAGUGAGAAUCA